CCACUUAGCAGCCAUGGGGACCCUGUUGCUGCUAUGUGCUUUGGGGGCUUUAUUCAGCUGUCCAUGUAGUGCUGGAAUGGCAGGGAGGGAGUUUGCUCUGUCAUUCAUGCAGAAUUAUCGUCAAAACUAUGACAGUCCUCGCUUUCAGCUAUACAUCACCGCUGUUCAGGCCAAUACUAAAGUGACAGUGCAAGUGCCUCCUUUAAACUUCAAGCAAGAGAAAACUCUUAAUGCUGGAGAAAGGGUCACCAUCCCUCUCCCCACUAAUGUUGAGAUGUACGGCAGUGCAAAGUCUCCCAAUACGGUGCGCAUUGAAGCCUCAGCAGAUGUGACUGUAACCUCCUUUAACUACAAGCUGUACACAGCAGACACCUCUGUGGUGUAUCCCACCACUGAAUGGGGUACUGAAUAUUUCAUCUUUGCACAUUUUGGAAGCCCUUGGGGCACCAGUAAAGAGUUCUCUGUGACAAAUGGAAAAGAGGGAAACAAAGUGGAGAUUUUCCCUGAAGGUCCAAUCAGGUUCCAGGGUCGUGUCUAUACAAAAGGCAGAAAAAUGGUAAUAGAUCUCCAGCCAUAUGAGAGUGUCCAGCUCCAGACUGUGUAUGAACUUUCGGGCACAAGAGUUGCCUCUCAGUAUCCUGUUGCUGUUACCACGGGUCACACUUGCACCUGGCGUUUCUCAAAAUGUAAUCAUGUUUAUGAGCAGCUACUGCCAGUAAACAAGUGGGGAUCCAGCUUCAUUGUGCCUCCUCUGAGUUUCCAGAAGAAAUUUGACAGUGUCUACCUCCAGGCCUCCCAGCCCACCAAAAUUACUGUCCAAAAUAGUAACCGUAAAGAUGUCCUAAGCUUGACUAGGGGCCAGAUUAUUGAACUCCAAAACCACAAUACUGAGUCAUUGUCCAUUGAGGCUGAUCAUGGCAUCCAGGUCCUCAUGCUCUUUAACGGCGUCGCACUGGACUGGCUCAAAUUUUACGACCCUUUCUUGAUGACCAUCCUGCCUACAGACCGCUUCUGUUCCUCUUACUCGCUAGAGGCUCUGGAAGGCUUUCAAAACCACGCCCUGAUUGUGGCUAAGACCAGUGAAAUGUCAGAGCUGCGUAUGGAUGGUGCAAAUCUACCCCGUGAUGUCCAGUGGAACAAGGUUCCAGGGACAGAUUUCUCUUGGGCGCAGAUGUCUUACAGACAAACCCCUAGCAACAAUAAACACACACUGUCCAACUCCGGUUCCACCUUUGGUCUCUACAGUAUAGGAGUCAGCCAGAUGAAUGGUUAUGGUUCUGUAGGACAAUGUAUACAGCCAGGAUCUUUGUCCUGCAGCAGUAUCACCUGCAGUGCCAAUGAGGUGUGUGAGAUGAAGGGUGAUUAUCCCUCCUGUGUCCCCAAGCAAAGCAAGCCUGGUACCUGCUGGGCCAUGGGGGAUCCACACUACCAUACCUUUGAUGGGCGACGCUAUGACUUCAUGGGUACCUGCACAUAUGUCAUUGCUAAAAACUGUGGAAAAGAUGAUCGUCUCCCUGCCUUUGAGAUCCUCGCUCAAAAUGAGCACAGAGGAAAUCUCAGGGUUUCAUAUGUUGCCUUGGUCAUCGUGAAGGUGUAUGGUGUCACCAUCACAGUAGCUCGGUCUGAGACAGGUCGCAUAAGGAUUGACAACAGUCUGUGGAGUUUGCCAGUGGACUUGAACAACAACAAACUGAUUAUGUUUCAGAGCGGUCGCUCUGUUGUCAUUGAGACUGAUUUUGGUCUGACUGUCCGUUACGACUGGGAACACUCCCUUGUGGUCACUCUGUCUGGCAGUUAUGCUGGUAAGACUUGUGGUCUCUGUGGCAACUUCAAUGGCAACCCCAAAGAUGAUUUCACCACACCAUCUGGUACCCAGGCAAAUGGGGCUGUGGCCUUUGGGAGCAGCUGGAAAGUGCCAGGGCUGGUGAAAGAUCCUCUGUGCAGAGAUGACUGUGUGGGUGGGUGUGAGCGUUGUGAACACAGCUUGAUGAAGAUGUGGGAGGGUGACUUGUUUUGUGGGCUCAUCACACUUGUACUAAAUGGGCCAUUCAGCAAAUGUCAUUCCAUCAUUGAUCCACAAGUAUACCUGGAAAACUGUAAAUAUGAUGUAUGCAUGGGAGGCGGCCUUCGACAUUUCCUCUGCAGGGCACUGGAUGCUUACGCUGAAGCUUGCCAGCUUGCUGGGAUCCAGGUCCAAGAUUGGAGGAAGAUCGCAAAAUGCCCUGCUGAAUGUCCAGCCAAUAGCCACUAUGAGCUCUGUGGGAAUGCCUGCCCUGCCACAUGUUCUGACCCUAAUGCUCCCUCUAAAUGCAAACGCCCCUGUGUGCAGACAUGCACCUGUGACGAAGGCUAUGUUUUGAGCGGAAGUCAGUGUGUGCCCGCUGCUCAGUGUGGUUGUACCUAUGAGGGUCGAUAUGUCCCUGCUGGGGAGUCAUUCUGGGCUGACCAGAACUGUCAGCGACGGUGUAAAUGCUUAGCUGGAAGCAGACGUGUGGAGUGCCAGAAUAAAGGUUGUGGGGCAGGUCAGAAGUGCCAGGUGGUUGAGGGUAUAAGACAGUGCCAAGCAGUCUCCCAGAGCACCUGCCAGGCAACAGGUGAUCCCCAUUAUGUGACCUUUGACAAGAAGAGGUUCAACUUCCAGGGCACAUGUGUGUACCAAAUGGUUGGACUCUGCUCCAAGAACCCAGAGUUAGAGCCUUUUGAUGUGCUGGUGCAGAAUAAUUACCGGGGCAACAAAGUGGUUUCCUACACCAAGUUGGUGGAGAUCAAGGUUUACUCCCUCAGCAUUGUCAUUACAAAGACCCACAAAGGCUUCAUUUUGGUGAAUAAUGAGCUGGUUAACCUACCUGUCACCCUGGCAGGAGGACAGGUAUCUGUUUUUAAGAGUGGUUUGUAUGCUGUGGUCACUACAACUUUUGGCCUCAAAGUCUCCUUUAACUGGGAAAGCGCUGUGUUUGUAACCUUGCCAAGCAACUACAUGGAAGCCGUUUGUGGCCUCUGUGGCAACUAUAAUGGCAAACCCCAGGAUGACCUGACUCCGAAAAAUGGUGACAAACCUGUCUCUCCAGCAAGUUUUGGUGCCAGCUGGCGAGUGGCCGAGAUCCCAGGCUGUGUUGAUGGCUGUAAAGGGGUGUGUCCUGAUUGUGACAUUACCCAGAAGGUCAAAUAUGAAAAAGGGGAUUUCUGUGGUUUGUUGAGAGACCCCAAAGGGCCAUUCCGUGACUGCCAUGCCAAGGUGGACCCAGAGGACUACUUUAAAGACUGUGUUUAUGAUGUAUGCCUGUAUAAGGGCAGAAAGGAUGUGCUGUGUCAGGCUAUUACAGAAUAUACAUCUGCCUGCCAGGCUGUGGGAGCCAAGGUGUACAGCUGGAGAACUAGUCAGUUCUGUGCGUUGAAAUGUCCAGUCCACAGCCACUAUGAAAUUUGUGCAACUCCCUGUCCUGUCUCUUGCAAAAGUCUGGUUUCUCCUAAAAGUUGCCAAGCUUUCUGUGAGGAGAGCUGUGCCUGUGAUGAGGGGUACAUCCUCAGUGGAGAUUCAUGCGUUCCCUUUUCACAGUGCGGCUGCCUUUACAAAGACCGCUACUACCGCAUUGGCCAAGUGUUUUAUCCCAAUGGACAGUGUCAGGAGGAAUGCAAGUGCAAGCAAGAUGGAGAGGUUGAGUGCAAGAAGUUCACAUGUGGACCAGAUGAGAAGUGUAAAGUAGAGAAUGGCAUCCAGAAAUGUCACCCUGUUGGUAAGGCUAUAUGCCAUGCCUCUGGUGACCCCCAUUACCGCAGUUUUGAUGGGCGAACAUUUGAUUUCCAGGGCACCUGCACCUACACACUUUCCAAGAGCUGUGGGCUGGAAGGCACCCACCUGGUAGCCUUUUCUGUUCAGGUGGAGAACGUGCAGUGGAACCAGAUGUUGAACAAAAAAGUGUCUGUUACCAAGCUGGUUGCUGUGGAGGUCUACGGCUUCACUCUCAUCAUGAGGAACAACAUGUUUGGAGUCCUGGUAAAUGGAGUAUUUAACUACCUUCCUCUGAAUCUCAAUGAUGGAGCAGUGCAAGUCUUUCAAGAAGGCCUGCAUUAUGUUAUUGCAACAAAUUUCGGACUGCGAGUCACUUAUGACCUGGUCUAUCAUGUGACAGUCACAGUACCUGGUAAUUACCGUGAUAAGGUCUGUGGCUUGUGUGGCAACUACAAUGGCAACCAAAAAGACGACUUCCAAAUGCCCAGCCGUCAGGUCACCAACAACGUUAAUAAGUUUGGACAAUCAUGGAAGGUCACCAUCCCUAAUGUGGUGUGUGAAAAUGGCUGCGAAGGGAAAAACUGUCCUGACUGUGAACCAGCUCGCAAGGCUGUGUUUUCAAAGAACACUUACUGUGGAAUUGUUACAGCACCCAAAGGUCCUUUUGCAAUCUGCCAUAGCAAACUGGACCCAAAGCCAUACUUUGAUGACUGUGUAUUUGAUGUGUGUGCUUCCAAUGGCGAUGGAAAGGUGUUGUGUGACAGCAUAGCAGCCUAUGCCUUCAACUGUCACAUGGCAGGAGUGGACGUCAAAAACUGGAGGACGCCUUCAUUCUGUCCCAUGAAAUGCCCAGCCAACAGUCACUAUGAAGUGUGUGCAGACGCCUGUUCAGCAUCCUGCCAGGGCCUCACAGAGAUUGUCCAGUGCUCCACCAGCUGUACAGAAGGCUGUGAAUGUAAUGAUGGCUUCUUAUUCAAUGGAAACACAUGUGUUCCAGAGACUGAUUGUAGCUGCUAUGACAAUGGAAAAACUUACAAGCCUGGUGAAGUGGUUUAUGAGGAAGACUGUGACACAAAGUGCACAUGUAAUCCAGCAAAAGGCCUUGUCUGUGAAAAGUAUUCCUGCCCUGAUAACACCAAAUGCAUGGUCAAAAAAGGAAUCCGGGCAUGCUACAACACAGACCCAUGCAAAGAUGCCAAGUGUCGAGUCAAGGAGAAGUGCCGUGUUGAGAAGGGUGAAGCUGUGUGCGUCCCUGAGUACACAGGCAAAUGCUGGGCCUGGGGUGACCCCCACUACCACACAUUUGAUGGUUACAACUUUGACUUCCAGGGCACCUGCAAGUAUGUCAUCUCCAAGACCUGUGGCGAUCUGGAUGGUUUAGUGCCAUUCUCCGUCACUGAGAGAAAUGAUAACCGAGGAAACACAGCAGUUUCUUAUGUCAGGGAGGUAGAUGUGUCCGUAUACGGGUAUACCAUCACCAUCCGCAAGAACCAAGUCGGUCGAGUCACGGUGGAUGGGCAGAUGUUGAAUCUUCCUGUGCGACUGGGUGAGAAUGAGGUGUCAGUGUUUCAGCGUGGUCACACUGCUGUAGUGGAGACAAACUUUGGCUUGGUUGUCUCCUAUGAUUGGAAUUGGGAGCUGAUCAUCAAGCUGCCCAGCAGCUACUAUGGCAGUGUCUGUGGUCUGUGUGGCAACUUUAAUGGGAACAACCGUGAUGAGCUCCAAAAUCCUGCCGGCAAAGCUGUCUCCUCUGUGAUAGAGUGGGGCAAGAGCUGGCAAACGCCUGACCAGGACAAGGAUCGUCCUUGCUGGGACACGUGUGAGAAAAACUGCCCUACCUGUGACGAUAACCAGUAUAAGCUCUAUAAGACUGAAGCUUUAUGUGGGGCCCUCGCAGCAAAGACCAAUAGUUUUUUCCAGAAAUGCCAUGGAAAAUUGGACCCCCAGGCCUUCAUGAACAGCUGUGUGUAUGAUAUGUGUUUGAAUAAGGGAGACAAAAAGAUGCUGUGCCAGGCAUUGGCCUCCUACAGUCAGCAAUGUCGCGAGGAAGGAAUUAUAAUCAAGGGCUGGAGGAAAAAGUUUGGCUGCCCAAUGAGCUGUCAGCGUCACAGCCACUAUGAAGACUGUGCCAGCCCGUGUCAGCCAUCCUGCCCAUUCCCUGAGCAGAAGCAGACCUGCACCAGUGCCUGUGUGGAGACCUGUGUGUGUGAUAAUGGUUACGUCCUCAGUGCUGGGGUCUGUGUGCCUGCUAAAACAUGUGGUUGCUCAUAUCAAGGCCACUAUUACAAGCCAGGCCAGCACUUUUGGGCUGAUGAGGUUUGCGGUCGCCUAUGUGAGUGUGAUACAACCCUGCGCAUGGUGACAUGCCGUGAGGCUUCUUGCUCUGCCAACGAGAGGUGCACCGUAGUGGAUGGAGAGCGUGCCUGUCGACCCAUCAGUCACGCUACGUGCACAGCCUCAGGUGACCCACACUACCGCACGUUUGAUGGCCGCAGGUUUGACUUCCAGGGCACAUGUGUGUAUCAACUGGUGGGACUGUGCUCUGAGCAGCCUGGACUCGUGCCUUUUAAGGUGACUGUGCAGAAUGACCACCGGGGAAGCAAAUCCGUGUCCUACACAAAGACUGUCACGUUUUCCAUCUACGGCAUCACCCUCACCAUCAGCAGAGAAUACCCCUACAGGGUCCUGUUCAAUGGGCAGCUUGCUUCGUUUCCACUGGAUUACAAUAAUGAGCUGAUCGUGUUUCUCAGUGGCUGGACAGCUGUAGUAGAGACAGUUGCUGGUAUCACCGUGACCUUUGACUGGCGGAGCACAGUGAGCAUUACUCUGCCCAGCAACUACCAGGGUGCAGUCUGUGGUUUGUGUGGCAACUACAAUGGAAAAGCUCAGGAUGACCUGACCAUGCGGAAUGGCCAGACCACCAAUAAUGGAGACAAGAUGGGGGAGAGCUGGCAGGUGGCCCUCGUACCAGGCUGUUCAUCAGUCUGUCAGGGGGCAUGGUGCCAGGCCUGUUCAGACUCCCAGAGGAAAGUGUACCAAGCCCAGAAAUACUGUGGUAUUAUUGCUGACAAAGCAGGGCCUUUCAGGGAUUGUCACAAGCGUGUGGACCCUGCUCCUUACCUGGAAGACUGUGUGUAUGAUGUAUGUCAGUAUCACGGUCAUCAAGGAUCAGUCUGUGAUGCUGUAGCAGUCUAUGCCUCCGCCUGUCAGAGCAUAGGAAUCACCAUCUACUCCUGGAGAAGAGAUAACUUCUGUCCAAUGGUGUGUCCAGCUAACAGCCAUUAUACCCUGUGUGCUACGGGUUGCCCAGCCACCUGUGCCAGCUUAACCUCCCUUGACACCUGUCACAGGACCUGUACAGAGGCCUGCGAGUGUGACCAGGGUUACCUGCUGAGUGGGGUUACCUGUGUGCCUGUGAGAGACUGUGGCUGCUCCUACGAUGGUCAAUACUACAGGAAAGGAGAUGUCUUCUACCCUGAAUCUGAAUGUGUGGAGCAGUGUGUCUGUGAAGAAAAUGGUGCAGUGUCUUGUCAAAAGGCCAAGUGCCGUCGAGGCGAGAUCUGUAAGCUUGUAAACGGAGUCAAAGGCUGCCACCCUGAGGGUCAAGGCAAGUGUGUGGCUUCUGGUGACCCUCAUUACAUUUCCUUUGAUGGACGAAGGUUUGAUUUCCAGGGUACCUGUGUCUAUGUAUUGGCAAAGGUGUGCGAUGAUGACAAAGGCUAUCUCACGCCUUUCACUGUAACUCAGGGGAAUGAGAAGUAUGGAAAUGGAAAAGUGGCUGUUACCAAGUCAGUUGCAGUGGCGGUGUAUGGCUAUGUUAUUUACAUUCAGCAGGGAGUCUCAUGGAAAGUCCUUGUGGAUGAUGAACUUCUAAACCUUCCACUCUCCCUGGACAAUGGGCGUAUCAGAGUCACCCAGGAAGGUCGCAACAUAAUUGUCCGGACAGACUUUGGACUGACAGUACUGUACGACACUGUCUAUUAUGUUGAGGUAAUCGUGCCUUCUACAUACCAGGGUAACAUGUGUGGUCUUUGCGGCAACUACAACAAGAAAGGUGGGGAUGACUUCAGACUUCCUGGUGGCAGACAAACAAACAAUGUCGAUACAUUUGGGAAGGCCUGGGUGGUAGACCUGCCUGACCAUGUUUGUGGAGGCUGUGGAGGCCAGUGUCCAGUAUGUGAGCAGGCCAAGGCCACCUUGUAUGGGAAACCAGACUCCUGUGGCAUCAUGAGUGCACCUGAUGGGCCUUUCAAAAACUGCCACAGUAAAAUUGACCCAGCAGUAUAUGUGUCACACUGUGUGUUUGAUGUUUGUGCUGUGGGUGGCAGCAAAGACACUCUGUGUAACAGUGUCCAGGCCUAUGCUUUGGCCUGCCAGAGCGCAGGAGUACAACUGAAGCCAUGGAGAAGCAGCUCCUUCUGCCCUGCUUCCUGCCCUGCAAACAGUCACUAUGAGGUGUGUGCCAGCACCUGUGGUGGGACCUGUGCCAGCUUUAUUUUCCCAUUUACUUGUUCUGAAAGCUGUUUUGAAGGAUGCCAAUGCGAUGCAGGCUUUGUUUUUGAUGGCGUCCAAUGUGUUCCCUUGGACAACUGUGGGUGUGUGCACAAUGGCAGAUAUCUAACGGUGGGUGAAACAGUUGUGGAAAAAGACUGUAAGUCCAGGUGUGUGUGCCAGACUUCUGGGCUGGUGAAGUGUGAAAAGCUGUCCUGUGAUGAUGGAGAAGUUUGUGGUGUAAGAGACGGAGUGAGAGGUUGCCACGUCAAACAAGGUCACUGCAGUGUCAGCCAUGUUGGCCACCUCACUUCCUUUGAUGGCAUGACUGGAUCAGUUGGCAAUAAAGGGGCAUUUGAAGUGGCGUCUCUGUGUGACGAGACCACUAAGCUGUGGUUCCGUGUGGUGGUGGAUGUUAGGGUCUGCAGUAAAGGUGCACCUCCCGCUGUUGCCACUGUGUAUGUGUUCUUCAAGGAAACCAUCGUCGUUGUGAACAGCCAACACGUGACCUGGGUAAAUGGCAGGAAAGUGUCUCUUCCCAGCAAAGUGAUGAGUGAUAUAUCCGUCCAAAUCUCAGAGAGGAGUGUGGUCAUCGAGAGGGCAUCUGCUGUGAGGGUCACCUACUCAAUUUCACAGGAGGUCACCGUCAUUAUUGACAGUAGCCUGUCCGGUAAAAUGUGUGGUGCCUGUGGCAACUACAAUAACAACUCCAAGGAUGAUAUGAAGACUGCAGAUGGUAAAAUCACCACUGAUGUGUCUGUGAUUGUUGGCUCCUGGAGCGCUGGAGACUUUUCUAGGUGUGGCCUGUAGAGAUGUUCUGUAGCGAAAGAAAGCAUCUGGUGUACAGGAUGAAGAAGGAUGUGAAGUCAUCCUGCUAAAGUAACUUGUUUUACAGCCAGUCUUACUCAUCACACUUCAGUACUUCUUCUUGAUUCAUGAAAUGGUUUUGGUUUUUUAAUGGUCUGGUUCUUUAUCCUUGAAGCUCAUUCUUGACCAACAUCUCCAUCUAGUGGAGGAGUAAAUUAUAGCAUAUGUUAUUUCCAGUCUUAGUCAUAGUGUACCUAUCUUAUACUUGCCUAUUUUUAAAAGGAAAUGUACACACUGUGUUCUCCUUACUGUU